AUGUUUCUCCUGCCCCUCUCCUCAAACAGGCCCCAGACAGCAGACCUGAGGAACAGCAGCACAGUCUCAGAGUUCAUCCUCGUGGGCUUUGAGCAGAGUCCCCCUUCCACUCGGGCAUUGCUCUUCACCCUCUUCCUGGCUCUCUACAGCCUCGCCAUGGCCAUGAAUGGCCUCAUCAUCCUCAUCACCUGGACUGACCCCAGACUCAACAGCCCCAUGUACUUCUUCCUUGGACACCUGUCUUUCCUGGACAUCUGCUUCAUCACAACCACCAUCCCACAGAUGUUGGUUCACCUGGUGACCAAAAGCCACACGGUCUCCUUUGCCUUUUGUAUGACCCAGAUGUACUUGGUCUUUCUAAUGGGUGUGGCCGAGUGCAUCCUCUUGGCUUUCAUGGCCUAUGAUCGUUAUGUUGCCAUCUGUCAUCCCCUGAACUAUGCCCAGAUCAUGAGCCCUCAGGUGUGUGUCAGGCUGGUGUGCUCUUCCUGGAUCUUUGGGAUGAUCAAUGGCAUCUUUCUUGAGUAUAUAUCAUUCCGGAAUCCCUUCUGCAAUGACAACCACAUAGAAAACUUCUUCUGUGAGGCCCCCAUAGUGAUUGCUCUCUCCUGUGGGGACCUCAAGCUCAGCAUGAAGUUGAUCUUUCUUGAUGCCAUUGUGGUGCUUUUCAGCCCCAUGGUGCUCAUUGUCACCUCCUACGCCCGCAUCCUGGCCUCCAUCCUUAGCAGAUCCUCUUCUUCGGGUAGGGGGAAGACAUUCUCCACUUGUGCCUCCCACCUGACUGUGGUCAUCUUUUUGUACACCUCAGCCAUGUUCUCUUACAUGAAUCCCCGCAGUACGCAUGCGCCUGACAAAGACAAGCCUUUCUCUCUCCUCUACACCAUCAUCAUCCCCAUGUGCAACCCCAUCAUCUACAGCUUCCGCAACAAGGAAAUGAAGGGGGCCAUGGGGAGAGCCCUUGGGAGAGGCAACCUGGCUUCAGCUGCACCUGCACAAAAGGAAACCCUCUGGAGAAGUUUCUUUCAGUGA